CCUCCCCUCCGGAUCCUCCCCGGCGUCUCUGCGGCCCGGGCCCCCGCGCCGUGCUGCCCCAUGCGGCCCUGAGCCCCACAGCAAGUCUGCCAUGGGCCGCGGGGCCCGUGUCCCCUCGGAGGCCCCGGGGGCCGGCGUCGAGGGCCGCUGGCUUGGAGCCGCGCUGGUCGCCCUGUGCCUCCUCCCCGCGCUGGUGCUGCUGGCCCGGCUGGGGGCCCCGGCGGUGCCGGCCUGGAGCGCAGCGCAGGGAGACGUCGCUGCGCUGGGCCUUUCGGGGGGCCCCCCCACCCGGGGCCCGGGCCCACUGGCCCCCCGCAGACGCCGCUACACGCUGACUCCAGCCAGGCUGCGCUGGGACCACUUCAACCUCACCUACAGGAUCCUCUCCUUCCCGCGGAACCUACUGAGCCCGCGGGAGACGCGGCGGGCCCUGGCUGCCGCCUUCCGCAUGUGGAGCGACGUGUCCCCCUUCAGCUUCCGCGAGGUGGCCCCCGAGCAGCCCAGCGACCUCCGGAUAGGCUUCUACCCGAUCAACCACACGGACUGCCUGGUCUCCGCGCUGCACCACUGCUUCGACGGCCCCACGGGGGAGCUGGCCCACGCCUUCUUCCCCCCGCACGGCGGCAUCCACUUCGACGAUAGCGAGUACUGGGUCCUGGGCCCCACGCGCUACAGCUGGAAGAAAGGCGUGUGGCUCACGGACCUGGUGCACGUGGCGGCCCACGAGAUCGGCCACGCGCUGGGCCUGAUGCACUCACAACAUGGCCGGGCGCUCAUGCACCUGAACGCCACGCUGCGCGGCUGGAAGGCGUUGUCCCAGGACGAGCUGUGGGGGCUGCACCGGCUCUACGGAUGCCUGGACAGGCUGUUCGUGUGCGCGUCCUGGGCGCGGAGAGGCUUCUGCGACGCUCGCCGGCGGCUCAUGAAGAGGCUCUGCCCCAGCAGCUGCGACUUCUGCUACGAAUUCCCCUUCCCCACAGUGGCCACCACCCCACCCCCUCCCAGGACCAAAACCAGGCUGGUGCCUGAGGGCAGGAACGUGACCUUCCGCUGCGGCCAGAAGAUCCUCCACAAGAAAGGGAAAGUGUACUGGUACAAGGACCAGGAGCCCCUGGAGUUCUCCUACCCCGGCUACCUGGCCCUGGGCGAGGCACACCUGAGCAUCAUCGCCAACGCCGUCAACGAAGGCACCUACACCUGCGUGGUGCGCCGCCAGCAGCGCGUGCUGACCACCUACUCCUGGCGGGUCCGUGUGCGGGGCUGAGCCCGGCUGAUAAAGCACUUUCUGUCUGA